AUGACUCUUGACUGGAUUCGCAAUCGGGUAUGGCGGCCACCCGUCAAACCCCAGGUGAACAGAUACUACGAGGAAUGCCAAAGGCUACGCAGGAGGCUGGAUGUAAAGGAACAUGAUUUAAACGAACUACGACUAGAUAACCAGCAACUCAAGCAUAAAGCCCAGGAUCUAAGGCAGCAGCACAUUUCAGAUUCAGAAAGGAUUCGUCGACUCAACGAUCUACUAGCAGAAUCACGCGAUCAUGCCUCAGAAGCAGCAAGGAAGCAUGGCGAAGAGAUAAAACAUCUCUAUAAUACAAUACACUCUCUCCAUGGCGAUCAUGAAAAUGUCGACGAUGAAAAGAUCAUCGAUGAGAUACGCAAACUAGGCCAAAGUGUGCAACACUGGGUCAAGGCCCAUUUCAAGGAUGCAGGCAGACUUGCUGCGCUCAUACCAGAGUCUCCCGAUGGCUUUCCCAAAACCUCCCAUCAACGACGAGCCUACAUCCAAGCAGCGGUUUCUGACAUGAUACUCCAACACAUCUUCGUGCCGUACUACCCUGGGCUGGGUGAUAAUCCCUGGGGUCGUUCUCUGCAGUUCCUAGAGUCGGGGGUAGACCACGGAUGCCCCGAGAGAAUAUUGCAAAGCUGGCGAACUGGAACAUACACUUUUAUCUAUCAUGCUGCGCAGGGAAACCGGGAGAAUGUGAUGCGGAAUAUUGUUGGAUACGUAGAGGGGUUAUAUGGACAUUGCUCUUCAACUGAAACAGCACCAAGAGUACGACAGUUACAAAAGAUUCUACAGGGCUGUUUUGAAUUGAAAUCCCUUUUAUGCCGCUAG